AUGCGCUCAAGUGGUUUAAGUGGUGGGAGGGUCCGAGGCUGGCGCGGGGGAGUGGGGGUCUUGGCCGCGCUGGUGGUGACCUUCUCGCAGCCCUUGCUGGUGGCUGCGGACCGGCUGGCGGCGCAUUACCUGCUGCCGUACCUGUCGGACUCCCCCCCCAGCAGUCAAGUGACGGUGGAGUUCUGCAACCUUUUUCGGAUUGUUGAGAAGCCGUACUACGUCAUCUUUGCCUCUUGCUGGGUUUGCGCACUGAUGCAGCAGCUCAUCGAUACCUCCCGGUACUACGAGGAGCGGCAUGAGGAGCUCAGCAAAACGCAAAAGUGCUACGUGGGAGUUCAGUUGUUCACGCUGGUGCUCGAAACCUUUGCCAUUCUGUGCAAGAUUGACUGGCUGGCCGGUGAGAGCCUCUGGCACAUGUACAACUUGUACGUCUAUGUGUUUGUGCACUCCUCUGUCUUCGUGCGCUCCAUCAUGAUGUCCAUGAUCAUUUGGGACUGGCUGCUGGCCCGGCUGCUGGGCCGCCCCAUCUUCGGCGCGGACUACGACGGCCAGGGCUGGCGCGACUGGCACCGAGCCGUGCUGCUGGUGGUGAUCAUGCAGUUCGGAUCCUCCAUGUUUGUCAUGAUGGUUGUGACGUUGACGCACGCCAUCCCAGCACUGAUCAUUUACUAUCCGGUAUUUCUGCUGGCAGCCGCCUUCAUCAUCAAGUUUCGCUCCUGGCUGGAGCUGCUGGGCCUUGACCCAGACGGCCGCGCCGGGCGCGGCUUGGUGAUGGCCAGCAACUCCUUCGUCGCUGUGGUGUCCAUUCAGACAAUGAUCGCGUCCAUCAUCCGAGUUUACUUUGGAUCUGCUUGGAAACAUGGCUACCUGACUCCCUUGACGCCUGGAUGCACCCAGUCGCGCUUGCUUUGGCCCCUUGAGCCCACCAAGCCAUGUCGCGCCAUGCCUCCGCCGCGCAUCUCGCAAUUUUGGGCCUAG